AUGGGAAUUCUGCGACGCAUUGCAGGGAGCUUGUCGCCAAAAGCGUCGGAUCCACUUGAGGUCGCAGGGGAGGGAACAGAUCCCGCCCCAGAUAACGCAGACAACAGUGACAUCGCUGCCAAGGCAGGUGGAACUGGUGUUUCUAAGAGGUACAGUGGAAAAAGGGCUCGAGUGAUCAAGGCUAUAAUUGCUGCGGUUGCAGUGAUAGUGGUGUGCGGGGCUCGUUACAUUAUUUCAGGCACGUUCCCAUCGUACCUGAAGAUUUCACAGCUGCAAGUAGACGAUGCCUCACGGCUACCACUGGACGAUGUGAGCAUGCAGAAGUACAUGAGCGACUUCAAUGAAGCAGCAGAGGCGAUGGAAGGGGCUUUAUCCUCAGGAUCGGCCAUGCGGCAGGCCUUUCACCUACACUUCACACCGUCGCUUGAGGAUGGUCAAAGUCUCCCGAGAGACCCUCUGGAGAUUAUCAGAGACCACGUUACCGAGAUGCAAGAAUGGGAAAUUCCGUCUGCUUCUUCUCCGCAAGCGCGGCGGGACUUUGCCCAACACCUGCAGCUAUUACGCAGCAUUUGCCGCACAGUGGUUCUUCGCUUCAAGGACUUGGAAUUGUUCGGGACUGUAAAUCGGGAAUUCAGCGUGGCGAAUCCUUUUCUCGUUUCUGGCGGCGGCGAGGAUUAUAGUGACCGUGAUGCUCCUAUAGACUUUGAAGAAGUGACAGAAUACGACUGGACAGCUUCUGACUUCUUGGAAUCCUUCCAGCUGCUUGGGGGUGGUGGAGGACGACCAUUUCGAACAGGAGCUUUUGCCCAAGCAGCUGCGCAGAUAUUCCGUGAAUCCGAUGCCACUACGAAUUACGCAUUCAUACGAAAGCUGAACCAAAUUGCAGAUAAUUGGACGAAGGAAGAAGUAGUGGCAGCUGCAGAGCAACAAGAGAAGGAAAACGCGGACAAUGCGCAGAACAGGCUGAAGACUAAGAGGGAGCUUAUGCGACGGUUGCUAAGGCAAGGCAUACAGAAGGAUGACCUGGUGAUGAUUGCAUUGUUCCUUUUAUAG